AUGAAGGUCUUCGCAGUCGUCUUUGUGCUGGCUGUCCUCUCAGGUGAGGCUGAAUUUUUCAGAUUUCUUUUACAUUAACAUAAAAACUUCCUCCGUCUCUUCAUUUGUAAACUUCUGAGACUCUGUGUGUCCGUCCCGCUCCAGGCUGCCAAGCCAGAACCCUGUUUGGAGAUGAGGAGAAGACCCCCUGGGAGUCCGCCAUCGACAGGUUCAGGGGUUACUUCACGGACCUGAACAUGAAGGCUGAUGAGGUGGUGAAAGGCAUCAGGAGCUCCGAGAUCGGCAGAGAGCUUGAGUGAGUUCACUGACGUCACACGGAUCAAUUAUCAGUCAUUUAUCAGUUACGCAAAUGCUUGAUAUCAUUUAGAGACGUGAUGAGUUUCAGGUCAGACACGCCUGUUACAUAAAGACGACCUCCGCCUGCGGGUCUUUAGUUUCAUUUCACUUUGGCCACAGAAUCACUGCUCUGAUGGAGAGACUUCGACCUCAAUUCAAUCCAGAAGGUUCUUUAUUUGAGGUCAGAAAUGGACAUUUUCAGACAAAAGGUGGAGGUGAAUAAUAUAAUAUGAAUAAUGGACUGAAUAAUACUAAGAUUAAAAAAAAGAAUAAAACAGACAAAUAAUAAAAAUUAAUUAAAAAUAAAGUGAUGCUAAGAUUUCUGUCAUCUGCUCAGUAUUACUGGAUACUGACAUCUCAAAAAAAAGACCAACAUCUGGAUGCUGAGGUAUUUUUUCACAUGACUGAUGUUUAUUUACUUUGGACCAUAAUUUAUUAAAUGGAUUAAUUGUUAUUUUGAAAAGUUGAAAACUGUUUCUGGGCCUCUUCGUACAGCUGCUGCCUCUGGAGUUAAAGAAUUAUUCCAUUAAAACAUGAAGCAGAGGAGCACGAAACUGCAGUUCCUGAAGGGACCACUAGGGGGACAGUCCAUUAGUGCAAAUGUUAGAAUGCACUUUUUUUUUAACACUAAAACUGGACCUCUUUGUUGGUUUCCACAGUAACCAGAAGUUUGAAUCUGUGAUCCAUAAACCAGUCGGUCACAUAUUAGGAGAUACUGCCCCCUAUUGGACAUAUACUGCACUUCUCCACAUGCCUCAUUCUUGGUCUUCUAAUGUUUCUGUAAAUGCUCGUAAACAGCAGCAGAAGCUCGUUUGAAUCUUUGUGUUCUCGUCACGCUGAUGUGAGUCAGUUUGACGGAGUUAAAGCAUCGACAUGGAGCUGUUAGAUCUGUCUGUCUUUAGCUGAGUCAGUGUGAGGACCUUCAUCAGUAUGUGUCGGAGAGGUGAGGCAUUCACAGAGCUGCUGACUGACGUCUUCAGAGUGUCACUUCAAGGUCCUCUUAAUUUAACUUCUAUCUUCUCCAAUGUGGUCCGAAACAAUAACAUGAUUCAACACAUUAAUAAACCCUCCCGAUCACCUCUGGACCAGCUUUCAAUUCCAACAAAUCCCCUAAAGUCUACCUCUGAACCCUCACAGCACCCUGAUCCAGGACAGCAUGUCCGAGCUCCUCAUGUACAAGGACGACCUGGAGAGCAAAGUGGCCCCCUACACUCAGGAGGCCGGGGAGCGUCUGGCCAAGGACCUGAAGAAGGUGUUCGGUAAACUGCAAGGUCACAUGGGCGAGGCUCGCGAGCAGAUGGACAAAUACAACCAGGAGCUGCAGGCCAUGGUGGAGCACAACGUGGAUGAAGUCAAGGUCAGAGUCUCCGCCUACAACCGCAAGCUGAAGAAACGCCUCAGCAAGGACGUCCAGGAGAUUAAGAGGUGAGAGACACGCUGGAGCGGGGAGGUAAUCACAGCGAGGCGAUGGGAAACGCCGUCCAGUAAGACCAUCUCAUAGUUUUUACGGGUUUUAAAAAGUAAAUCUUUAGUGUUUCUGUACUUUGAGAUCUGGAAAGGUAAGACCAGCGCCUCUCCAGUAUUUAUACUAACUAACUUUUUAAUACAAACUCACAUUCGAGCAGAUCUUCAGGUGAAUUAAACUGGAUUGAAAAAACGAACAUUUGAUUAUUUUAAUACAAGUUUUACAGCAGAUCCUUGAGUUUGGUGUGUGUUGUUGGAUUAUUGGAGAUAUUUUGACAGAGAGGAUUACUAACACAUUUACAGAAUAAGGAAAUCAACAGUAUGAGAAGACAACCAUUUUGUCCACAGGAGGGCGCCAAACAUCACAAAUUUAAAGUUGCUUACUGAAGCUUUAAAUUGAAAAUAGUUGUUUUGACGUAGCACCAAAAUGAGACAGACUUCACAGAAUCAUCUGAGCACAUUUAACUUUUAAUUAGGAAUGUUUUCAAUUACAACAAAUGUAAAUCUUUAAUCUUUAUUUAUACAGCCCUUUACAACAACACUUUCGCUGAACCAAAAUGAUUUACAGUACACAGAAAAUAACAAUAAAUAAAUAAAAACAAUAAAAACAAUAAAAGUAAUUAAAAAAAGAAUGAAAUACAGUGCAAUAAAAAAAAGUGUCACCACGUUACUGGGAAGUAAAAGCCAGCAUAAAUAAGAAGAAUCUGUUUUGUCCACAGGAGGGCGCCAAACAUCACAAAUUUAAAAUCACUUACUGAAGCUUUAAAUUAAAAAUAGUUGGUAUUUUGACAUGAAAUCAAAAUUAAACAGAUUUCACAGAAUCAUCUGAGCAUAUUUAAACUAACCCUAAUUCCUCAUGUUUUGAAUGACAACAAAUGAGUAAAACAGCUGAAAGAUUAGUGGAUUUAAAAACAGCUGUUGUCCUGUGUAAAAGCGAAUAAGUACGGUGGCCCAGAAGGUCCCAUUACCACUAAAAACAUAGAAACUCUUUAUUAUUUUCAUAUUUCUUAAACCUUUAUUGAGUCUUGUGUCCUCAGCUGCUCUGUCCCUCUCUCAGACAUGUUUCAGAAUACUUUGAGGACAUCCAGAGCCGUGCCUCAGACAACAUGGAGGACAUGAGGACCCGCAUCGACCCUUAUUUCUCCCAGGUGAGAGACAACGCCCAGGCCAAGAUCAACACCCUGAACGAUCUGCUGAAGUCUCAGGUGGAGAACAUGAAGGAGAAGCUGCAGACGACCACCGAGGGCAUCAAGGAGCGUUUGGAGAAUACAAGCGACAACCUGAGAUCCACCAUGGAGGAUAAGAUGGAGGAGCUGAGAACCUGGUUCCAGCCUUAUUUCAACAUGUUCAACAACAACAUGUAA